CUGAUGGUGGACUAAAGAAAUUUAAGAAAACAACUCAACACAUCAUGUUUAGUUCUAAAAAACUUGACUAUAUUCAUGGGAGGCAGUAGUAUCGUACAGUCAUCAGCUGAGAUGAUGAAACGUCAGUUUAUCAGUUCAUUGUCAUUAUCAGAUUAAUUCACAUUUUAAGAUAUCUUAUUCUAUUUUUAAUUAAAUGUUGCUUUUAUUCCAUGAUAAUUUAAAGAAAAUUUAUGUAUUUAAUGAUAAUAAAAAUAGUAAAUACAACGAACUUGAUUAUUUAAGAAGGAGAUUAUUCACUCUUAUAUUUUUAUUUAUCAUUUCAAUUCAAAUGGCAUCAGCUGAAGAGAAUAAUUCAUUUUUUAAAUCUGAUUCUUGUUCAAUAUUUACUUCAAAAGUUUAUAAAACAAUUAUAGAAGAAGUUAAUGGAAAUAUUAUUUCUUCACCUAUCAGUAUUCAUCUUUUACUAUCAUUCCUUUCUCAUGGCGCCAAAGGAAAAACAGCCGACGAAUUGAUAGACAAUCUUUAUAUCGAAGAUUUCGAUCAACUGUCUACUGAGUACAAAAAUUUUAUUUCCACGUUAAAUAACAUAGAAAAAGUAGAACUCCAUAUCGCAAAUUCAGCAUAUUUACAUGAUAAUGUUCAAUUAUUACCAAAAAUUUCAGCAUUAGGAAUAGAUUUCUACAAUUUUGCUGUAUCAAAAAUAAACCUUCAAGAUAAUGUAAAAGUUGCUGAUCAGAUAAAUAAAUGGAUAAUGGAAAAAACAAAAAACAAAAUAAAUGAUAUCAUCAAUUCAGACGAUAUCACAGCAGAUACGAGAAUGAUUCUAGUUAAUGCCAUUUAUUUUAAAGGAUUGUGGAAAUUUCCUUUCAGUCGUAAAGAUACAACUAAUGAACCUUUUUACUUAACAAAAGAAAAUUAUAAACUAGUACCGAUAAUGAAGAAAAAAAUUCGUUAUGCUCAUGGUGAAUUACCUCAAAUGAAUUCGAGGUUCAUUGAAAUUCCAUAUACCAAUGAGAAUUUGAGUAUGGUCAUUAUAUUACCUAAUGAAAUUGAAGGAUUAAAUUCAUUGGAGCAAAAUUUUGAUUGGAAUUCUAUCGUUAAUGCCGAACCAAGUCAUCAAGAGAUAAUCAUUCAUUUACCGAGAUUUACAAUUGAAUCAACGUUGAAUCUUAAAUCAAUUCUUAAUAAGAUUGGAAUUAAAACUAUGUUUGAAAAUACAGCAAAUUUUUCUGGAAUGACAGAAACUCCAGUAAAGGUCAGUAAAGUCAUUCAAAAAGCCUUUUUGGAAAUUAAUGAAGAAGGCUGUGAAGCUGCAGCAGCAACAGUAAUGAAAAUUCGAUUAAGAAGAAUGAUUGAAGAUCCAGAAGUAUUUCUAGUUGAUCAUCCUUUUUUAGUUGCUAUUCGUCAUAAAGACAGUAACAUUCCAUUAUUUAUUGGAAGAGUACAAGAUAUUGAUGUAAAUCGUCUAUUACUUAGCGAUAAAAGAGACGAACUGUAAUUAAUUAAAAAAAAUAAACAGUUUUUCAAACCAUGAAA